GCCAUCUGCUGCCGCUCACCGACGACGGCGCCGAGUUCAGGCGCCGCGUGAGCAGCCAGCGAGUCUCCGCCAACAUGGACGCGCCCGAGGGCGGCUUCGACGCCAUGGUGCAGGUGGCCGUGUGCCAGGAGCGCAUCGGUUGGCGCCCGGUGCGGCGGCUGCUGCUCUUCGCAUCGGACGACGUUUUCCACACGGCGGGGGACGGGCGCCUGGGGGGCAUCGCACGGCCCUGCGACGGCCGCUGCCACCUGGAUGUGCACGGCGAGUACAGCAGCAGCCACCUCUACGAUUACCCGUCGGUGGGACACCUGGCACAGGUGCUGUCGGACGCCGACAUUCUGCCCAUCUUCGCCGUCACUGCGCCCGUGGUGCCGGUGUACCGGGAGCUGAGCCGCCUGAUCCCCGGGGCGGUGGUGGGGGAACUGAGGGAGGAUUCCAGCAAUGUGGUGCAGCUCAUCACCGACGCCUACGAG